GUGCUCCAGGAGAGAGUAUGGAGGAGCCUUCCCUGCCCACUUACUUACACAGUUUCCCCUGUGACCUAAAUCUGCCAUCAGGGAGCCCACGGCUCCUGCCCAGUCUGCUGCGGUCACCUUGGGACCACCAGCUCAGGACCCAGGAAUUAGUGGGAGAAAUCCUGAGGGAGUCAGAGUCUGGCUCCUGUCAGCUGGCUCACACAGAUGGAACUGCAACUGCUGCAGCCAACAGACAAGAAAGGCCAUCAAAAUGACUAUAAAAUACCACUGGGGCACGUUCUUAAACAUGUUUUUAAAGAUCCUGACACCUUUGGUGUGCUCACUGCCAUACCGGUAUCUCUCACCCGUGCCCAGUUGGCAGUGACUAUCGUUACCAGCUUGGGCUUUCCAGGGAUGCUGAUGAGCAGUGCUAGACACCUGGCUGCUUCGCAGAGGACGAGUAGGCUUGUAACAUCUGUCACCUUUUUGCAAAGGCACCGAAGAGAAGCAUGCUGGGUCCCCUCGCCCUGGGCUCACUGUCAUAGAGUGCACGAGCAUUGACGCGUCCCCUUGGAAAGGCCAUCGGCCCCCCCCCGCCUGGGGCACGCUCUGCAACCGCACCGGAGGCUGUGUGGGCUGCUGUGCUCCCCGGGGGACUUUUCACUGCCAGAAGGGCAAUUUGCAACCAUUAUGGGUUUUAUUUCAGAAAUUAUGUUUUCCCACGACUGAAAAUAUUAAAUUUUAAUUGCUAGUUUGUGUGAGGUGAGUGGGGGGAGCACAGACUGAGAAAAAUGACGGUGCAGCAUUCAGCGGAUUGAGUCGAACAAUAGAGGGCACCAGAGACUCGACCAUCCCAAAAAGUAGGUGAUAAAUGAAGCACUUUUGAGGAACAAGAGUUCAUUGCUGUGCUUCAGCGCUCCUGGGCUAUCAACAGCAGGCUCCCAGGCAGCUGUGCCGUGCACGGAGCAGCACCUUGCGCUGGCACCUACGGCCUCGACAGAUCUCCUCCCCUGCCAGGACACCCGCAUCUACACUGCAACCUUUCUGAGGACUAAAUCCACCUGACAGCCCCGCAAGAAACAGAGAGUGCCCAACAUGGAGAACUGCACUGAAAACGAUGUGCGGCAGAAUGACACUGCACAGACUAUUUGGCUAUUUCAACUUACCGUCUACAUCCCAGUGCUCAUUUUGGGGAUCCCACUGAACGUAAUUGCUUUCUGGGUCUUCUGCUGCAAGCUGAAGAGGUGGACCGAGACCAGGGUGUACCUGAUCAACCUCAUGGUCGCAGACAGUUUUCUGCUCUUUGCCCUGCCUUUCCUGAUAUAUUUUACCAGCUACAACCAUCCCAUAGACAAUCUCUGUUUCACCAUACAGAACAUCUAUUUUGCAAACAUGCCUAUGAGCAUCCUUAUCAUCACCCUCAUUGCGAUUGAUCGAUACAUUGCAAUCAAGUUCCCUCUAAAAUCAAAUAUUCUUCAAUCCCCACUGAAAUCGGCUUCUAUCUGUGGGUUUCUUUGGAUAGUACUGAUAAUUUACUCCUACUUGCGUCAAAAAUUUCAUAAAGCAAAGGAAAACUUCUGCUUUCGGAAAGAGUCUACUGAACCUAACUAUUUAACAUUAUUCUCCAUUAUCUUUGGGUUUAUUAUUCCCUUAGGGAUUGUGAUUUUUUGCUCAGUACAAGUCAUCAAAUGUCUCAAAAAGAAAAUGGCCACGAGCCCUCAUGAGACAAAGUUAAUCCAGAAAGCAAUCCACAUUGUUUCUGUGAAUUUGUGUGUGUUCGUUGUAUGUUUUUCACCUUUCUACAUCACACUGCUCUUGCGGUUUGCAGUGGAUAUUGCUGGAGCUUGUUCUCUGCUCUCAGAAGUUAGAGCCUCUGUUUGGAUCUGUGCAUGCUUAGCAAAUUCUAACUGCUGUUUGGAUGCAGUUUGCUAUUACUUUGCCGCCAAGGAAUUUCAGGAAUUUCCUUCUCUGUUCACCACUUUUAUAUCAAUGAGGUCCAAGACGAAGCAAAGCCAAGAGUCACAGCCACCCACAGAACAAGUCAUGAUAUAAACAAGGUGUAGCGCACUGUAGGUGUUGAGAACCACAGUGCUGAAGCAGAGGGAAUGGGACCACCUACAGUAUUUGCAAUCAUUAUAGGUAUAGGCAUACCUGCAAAAAGGGGCAACCCCCUCCAAUGGGUCUGAUAUUAACUUGAUUUUUGUCCGUCUGUCCUCAGUGACUUGACUCCAGCUCUGACUAUUGUCUUGGACUGUUGUAUCACAGCUUCAGGCAUCUCCUGGUCCAGAGGGAAAGCCACGUGGUAUGGAGAAUAGAUAAAGCUAUUGUUUCUGCCAUGCGCUUAUUUGUACAUAUCACACAGCUAAACAUAGGAAACUGAGCACCCUUACAGCAAUACACAAAUCCACUUCUAACACUGUAAUAUAUACGGUCACUUAAAAACCAAGAGAAAGCCCCUGUACUACAAUGCCAAACCUAACACAUCUGUGCUGCUCACAUCAAAGAAUUUGCCCGUACAGUGGUAGUUUCCUGCCAACCUAUAUAAUUUCAAAGCUCACAUCUAUUGCCAAGAUGCAGCUAUUGCUGUGCAUGGAGUAAACCGCAGGAGUUAGACAGUGGCAUGAGACUGUUGUUCCAUUGCUGCCAUAAAACACUUGUAUUAGCUUGUAGCAAUGCCCUGGCAUUUGUGAGACUAAAAUAUUUGUGGGUAUAAAUAAAGCCAUUUUUGCAUGGAUAAAAUGAGCUACACAAAGCAUUGCGGACCACAGAACAGAUCCUUUGUAUUCUGCAUAUCAGUUAUAAAGCUGUGAAGAUCUUACCUCACCCAAGUGUAAGAUAAGCCCUGGCGACAGAUUUGUUGUUGUACUUUAAUGGGAUCAAAUCUUCAGUGGGUGUCCUGUCUGGUGAGAGAUGAUUGCAUCUGCCCUAGUUGUCACAGCCUCACGCUGCAGGAGCAUUGAUGCCCAGAAAACAGCAACGAGCAACAUGGAGCAGAUGCAGCCCUGAUCCCUCCCUUACCACCCACGAACAGUUUUCAGGGGAGGUUUGGUGAGAGUGGAGUGUGUAAGGCCCUUCUGCAGAGACAGGGCAGAUCCACAGCUGAGGGCUUCUCAGCAUUCCCUGAGUGAUGAAGCAUUGCUUUGGAUUUGGGUUUUUUUCUUUCAGCUGCUUGGACAGUGCAGGGUGGGGGUUCACCAGCUCUCCUAUACCUCAUUUUGAGACAUUUAACUCUUUCCAAUACAAAUUACAGAGAGCCUUGAUCUACCCUACCUGGAUACCAGAUCAGGCAUCAGUUUUAAUGUCCAACUUUGCAGGUACCAAACUCUAUAAUAUCCCUGCUUGCUGACUAUGCACAAUGUAUCCUCCCACCCCACGGGGAAGUGACACCAGAGCACUCAAAACAGUUUAGCCACAAAGGGGCACUGGAAGGAAGUAGCACAAAGAGAAAUCUAGGCUGAGAGGGGAGCCAGUGCCAGGACGUGACUACUUGAUGUUUAUCUGCACAGAAAUUUCAUCUAACAUUUUAUCACAUAGUCACUUCAAUAACUUAAAGUCAGCAUGGGAAACAUUAGAAAGUUUUUGAAAUGCAUGUGAUAGCUGUAUCUUGGUUAGCUUCAUGGUCCUUGACUUUCAGUGUCUUCUGACUUGUAAACCCCUAAAAAAUUCCUCCAGGGAAUGCACACCCAUAUUCCGCUCAUUUAAACCUAUAGACAACUUUCUUAGUGACAACUUACAAAUAGUUCCCCUACAAGUGGCCUGUCACCUUCUAGUGUCUGCAGACCACAUGCUGAAACCACUGUCUUGACAUUUGCCAGACAACAUAGGAAGCAACUAUUGCCAUCACAGAAAGUACUCCCCAUGCAAACAUUAGAUCUACCUGCUUUAUAUCAAUACUUUGGCAGAGGUCUGAGAAUGAUGGAAGGUACAGUGAGCAACUGUGGCAUAAAAAUGGGUUAAACAGCUCAGGUCAUUCAGAUGAUCAUUUAUGUGCUAAUUUUCUUCUUUGAUGUAUUAUUUAUGCUCUGGCAUUACUGGUAUUUUACUGCAAGCAGAGCAAAAGGGACAUGUGUGUAUGUGACCAACUUAAUCAUUGCACACUGUUGUUUGAACCUCAAUCUGCCUUUAAAAGUCUGUUUUCAAAGACAGGAAAAGAUACAAGAGACAAAUAGUGCCUGAUCUUAAAAACCAUCUGUUGCUUAAGGAGAUGAGUGAGCGUUAUCACCCUUGUAGCUGUCAACAAAGAGGAUGCAAUUAACUACCCUCGGAGAACAAGAGGCUUAGGGUCCCUCUUAACCCAUUCUCCUUUACGGCAUGCUGUCAAUCUUCAUGACAGGCAUCACUUACGU